AUGGAAAACUGUGGAAAUUGUAAUGAUUAUGAUCCAAGUCAUCCCCAUUCACGAUGUUUACAUACUGGUACUAUGAUAGAUAAAGAUGAAUUUAUACUGUUUGGUGGCUGUUUGGGGGGAGGUGGAACUGGUGGCCCAUGUCCUGGGGGUGAUUCCUGGAGAUAUGGAAAAUCUAAGACAUGGAAACGUCUUCCUGAUUGUGCUGCUCCAAGAAUGUAUGGUGCAAUGGCUAUGUUGCCUUCAUCACCCAGUAAAAAACGAGUUGUGAUGUAUGGAGGACGAGAUACAUCUAAAAACGUUAUCAAUACUGAUGGAAUACAAGCUGACCAGAUCUCAGUAUUUGAUCCUGAUACAGAUGAAUGGACCAUCAGGAAAACGUCAGCUCUUAGUAAUAACCAUCCUUCCAAAAGACAGAAGUCUGGCAUGGUGGCGGGUCCAACUGGAAUUUAUAUGUUUGGAGGCAUAAGCUCGGCAGCAAUGAAUGAUCUAUGGAUAUUGAAAGGAAAUGCUAAUGAUGUUGACAAUGGAGAAAAAGUAGACUGCACAUCAAAUUUUAUAGACUUUCUAACAAUUCAUGGUAUAUUCAUGGUAACAGGAUGGGGUGUUUUACUUCAGUGGGGUGCUUUUAUUGCCCGAUAUAUGAAAUUCAAGGAUCCAUUGUGGUUCCAUUUGCAUAGAGGUUUUCAGGUGGUUGGCUUAGUGUUAUCUAUCUGUGGAUUAGCAUUUGCUAUAGUAUCAGUACCAUUUGAUCAUCUGAAGUUUCCCCAUGCUAUUAUUGGUAUUAUUGUAAUGAUAUUGGGUAUUUUACAACCUAUCAAUGCCGCUAUCCGUCCACAUAAACCAUCAGUUGGAGAAGAAAAAUCUCUACGGCGUAAAAUCUGGGAAUUUAUACAUCUUAAUUGUGGAAGAACUGCAUUAGUGUUUGCGUUAAUAAAUAUAUCAUUAGGAGUACUAUUGUCCGUGACAGCAACCCAUAAUUUGAUAAUAUGGUUCGUGUAUCUUGCUAUCCUUGUUCUUGCUUAUAUAAUUGCUGAAGUCUUGAAGUGUGUUAAGAAGAAGAAUUCAGGCAAAACAGAUUCAUUUAAUCUCGAAAAUAAGACAUAG